CACAUACUUCGUACAUUAGGUCUAUCGAAUAGUCAGGAACGUUUCCAAUCAUACCUUGAACGGUCUGUUCAAACCUAAUUAUUUAUGGAUAAAACAGUCUUUAUUUGUGCCAUAACACAAAACCAGUAAAUUGCCCAGGACAAUCUGAACUCAUCUGUUUUUUAAACGUACAGCUGUUUGCUCGACAACAUCAUGUCUCACUUUGUUUGCUGAACAGUUAUUGGUGUAUUUACUUAGUAUGACAAUAUACAUAAUAGGAUAGACAGUGUCAGCAAGUAAUACUACAGUUAUUAACCAGUCGACUAGAUGGAAUAGGUACUUGCUUUUAUCCCAAAGUGGCGAAUAUUUGUGGCCUGAUUAACAAAUCAAUGGAAACCGUACUAAAGACUGCAAUGAAGGCGAAGGAGGCUACAGAAGGUGCCUUGAAAGGUGCAGGGGUGAUUGCUGAUCCAAUGGUGGAAAAGUUUCAUGCUCUUGAGAAUGAAUUGAAUAUCAAAAAAUUGAGAGUGGAGCAAGUCGAAAAGCAAAAUGACGAUCUGACAAAUGAACUAAAAAGGGAGAGAGAAAACAUUAAUUUGACGGAGUUGAGACUUGAAAGAUGCAGGGAACGCAUAGACGAGUUGAACAAGAUUGAGAUGGAACUCAAGCUUGAACAGAAAAUAAUGAGCAUGGACAUGUCUAAAGUCCAGGAAUCAAUCGGGCAGUUGGAAAAGGAAAUUCAUAACGAACGAGAAAACAGUAUAAAACUAAAGAAAGAAAUCAGGAACCGAGAGGAAUCCAUUGCUCAACUAAACAAAAAACUGAAUGAAUACAGAAGAAAAUGGAAAUUUAUGUGCUUUUUAUGAUGGGUAGAUUCAUUGAAUUCAAAACUCCUUUUGGCCUUUCACAAGGUUGAUAAAAGAAUCGUGCAUAUAGGCAGGGUUACCAUGUUGUGCUUAUUUCUAGGAUUUGUGCUUAUUUUUAAGAAAUGUGAUUAUUUUGUCUUAGAAACAUGGCACAAAAUAUAACGAUUUUGCAAAAAGCAUUGUUGCAAAACAAAGUAUUGAGACUUCAGAUCAGUGUGGCCCAAUUUUAGAUGCUUUUAGCACUCCUGGCCCGCUUGUGUAUCAUUCCAGUGGUGAUUAGAGUGUCACUUUGAUUGGUAGAUUUUUAAUCCCAUUGUGCACUUGUGUUUAACCAAUUCAUAACAACGUGAAAAAACUCUAUUAAGCAAUGAAACCAGGAAGCAGGGAUGGCCAUUUCCGAAUACUAAACUAUUCCGAAUACAUUCUAAAAUAAUG